AUGCGGGGCCCCUCGCGCAGCAGCAGCAGCGAGGCGGCCCUUGGGGGGUCCCCGGAGGAGAAGGGGUCUCCGGGGAUAGCGUUCCCUCGGGCCCGCACCCAGAGCCACGAGGAGGCGGCCGGGGGGGGCAGCCCCACGUCCCCCCGUUUCCGCGACCCUCUGCUGCUGUUGGGACUUGCGGCCGGCGGGGGGGACCCCGAUUUCUUCCCCCACCCCCCCUGGAGCCCCCUCCUCGCUCACUACGACGUGCAGAGCAUCCUCUUCGACCCGGCCGAGCCCCCCACGGCCGACCCGGGCCCCACCUCGGGGGCUUCCGCCGCCCACCUGGAGCCCGAGGAGCCCCCUGGGCCCCACGGGGCUCCUCCCGACCCCGAGGCCCUGGUGCUGAGCUGUCCCCGCUUCUGCUGCGAGACGGGGGGAGAGCAGGAGCCAGGGCUGGGCCCCCCCCGUGUGCCCCCCGGGCCCGGGCAGCUGCCGAACGCAGCGGUGGCGGUGCUGGAGGAGCCCCCGGCGGGGGCGCGACCCCCCCACCCCAUCGAGCACAGCGACGACGGCGCCGAGUACUAUCGCAAGUACUUCUAUGGGAAAGAGCACCAGAACCUGCUGGGUGAGGACCCCCGGCUGGGGCCCGUGGCCGUGUCCCUUCGGCGGGAGGAGAAGGAGGGACCUCGGGCCCAGGUGCUGCACAGGAUCAUCCUGCGCACCUGCCAGCCACGGACGCUGCGGGGGUCGGUUCUGGAGGAGGCGCUGCCCCCCGGCUCUCGCCCCUCUGGGGCGCGGGGGGUCCCCCCCCGGAAGCUGCUGGAGCUGGUGCUGCCCGGGCUGGUGGUGGGGGGGCUGCGCCUUGCCCCCUCCCCUGCCGUGCAGGAGACCCUCCUCAAGUUGGAUGAGCAGGGGGUGAGCCGGCAGCGCAAGGUGGGGGUGCUGUACUGCCGGGGGGGACAGGGCUCCGAGGAGGAGAUGUACAACAACGAGGAGCCCGGCCCUGCCUUCGAGCAGUUCCUGGCACUGCUGGGCACCCGCGUGAGGCUGCGCGGCUUCGCGGGGUACCGGGCACAGCUGGACACCCGCACUGACUCCACGGGGACCCACUCACUGUACACGACGUACCACGGCUACGAGGUGAUGUUCCACGUGAGCACCAUGCUGCCCUUCACUCCCCGCAACCCCCAGCAGCUGCUGCGGAAGCGCCACAUCGGGAACGACAUCGUGACAAUCGUGUUCCAGGAGCCGGGGGCACGGCCCUUCUCCCCCCGUGCCCUGCGCAGCCACUUCCAGCACAUCUUCAUCGUGGUGCGGGUGCACGAGCCCUGCACCCCCCACACCACCUACAGUGUGGCGGUGGUGCGGCCAGAGGAGACCCCCCCGUUCGGGCCGGCGCUGGCGGCAGGGCAGCGUUUUUUGGGGGGCGCGGGGCUGCGCCCGUUCCUGCUGGCCAAGGCCAUCAACGGGGAGAACGCGGCGGCGCGGGGGGGCCGCCUGGGGGCCAUGGCCGCGCGCACCCGCCGCCAGUACCUGCAGGAGCUGCUGCGCGCCCACGGAGGGGGGGCCCCGCUGCCCGCGCCCCCUCGGGGGCUGCCCGCCCUCGGGGGACGCCGCCGGGGCAGCGCGGGGCGCGCGGGGGGCGCGGCGGUGGCGGGGGCGCUGGUGUGGGGGGCGCGGGCGCAGGGGGGGCCCGGGGGGGCCGAGGUGCCGUGUCUGCUGGGGGUAGCGGCGGAGAGGGUGGUGGUGGUCGCCGCGCCACCCGGGGCGGUCACCAACCGGUCCGGGGGGCUCGCCCUCAACCCAGGGAAUCCCCCCCCGGGCGAUCGCCCCUCAGCCGGGGAAGGACGGUUGCCCCACAGCAAGGGGAACCCCCACGUAACGCGGGGAUGGCCGCGCCCCCCCCAGGGGACGCCGCCCCCCACCCGGGAACAGUCGCCCUCCCCCCCCGGGGUGCUGUUCAGCUGCGCCUGCCGGGACGUGCUGGGCUGGGGGUUCGCCGAGGGGCGCCUUGAGAUCUUCUAUGGGGCGGGCGAGUGGCUGGGGCUGCGGCUGCCCCACGGCGCUGCCCCACAGGUGGUGGCCAGGCUCCAGGCGGUAACGCGGGGGUGCGAGGCGCGGGAGCUGGCGCUGCCGCGGGGGGCCGGGGGCCGCCGGGGGUUCCGCGUGGACCCCUCAGGGGUCGUGACGGCCGUGACGCGGUUCUCCUUCGCCGAGACUGCGGGGCUGCGGCCCGGGACGCGGCUGCUGCGCGUGGGUCACCGCCCCCUUCCCCGCGGGGACCCCCGGCUGCUGCGGGCGCUGCUGCGGCGCCCCUCGGGCCCCCUGACGCUGCUGCCUCCCGACCGCGACGGGCGGCCCCGGCGGAGUUUCUUGGAGCUCUAUGCCCGCUCGCUGGAGCAGGGCCGGGGCACAGGGGGAGACCCCGGGGGGGACCUUGGAGGGGAUAUCGGAGACACCAGCAGCGACUCAGGGGGAGACAGUGACAGGGGGGAUCAUGGGGUGGGCCCAGGGGGGCUGCACCCCGACACCCUACAGCUCCUGCGCUCGCUGGCACUGGACGAGGAGAGCACCCCCUUUCCCCCUGGGGGUGGCCCCCCCAGCCCGGGGACCCUCAAGAGCCCGACCGGAUGCCCCCCCCAGCCCGUGAGUUACGCUGGACACGGGAAACCCCCCAAAUCCUCUGGGAUCCCCCAGUACCCUUGGAACGCACCUCCCAAGUCCCUGGGACCCCCCCCAAAUCCCCCAGGAAUCCCAUGCCCUCCCAUGAACCCCUCUAACCCUCACUCCUAUGACCCCCCAGGCCUCCCCUGGCUGACCCCACGCCUGACCUGUUGCUGCCGCACCACAGCCCCCCCCAGUCCGGUGACCCGUCUCCCUGUGCCCCUGCUGCCCCCCCCUGUCCUCAGGGUCCCUCUCUGGAUGCUGGUGGUCCUGCGGCCCCCCCCGAGCCCAGCCCCCCCCCCAGGCCUCUCGCUGCGGCACUCCCUGGGCAGGCUGCUGUCCGGGUCUGGGGAGCCCCAGGAGGAGGAGUGGGAGCUCAUCGCCCGCCUGGCCACGGCCUGCAGUGGGGUCCUGGAGGCCAUCGCCCGGGGGGGGCAUCAGCUCCGAGAGCCCCCCAACAUCGAGGUCCAGCAGAGCCUGAGCCCGGUGGCCCCUGAGGAUGAGUCCCGGAGCCUCUCGGAGAAGGUGGCGCAACUGGAGGCGGCGCUGAAGCGGCUGCAGGAGGGUCUGCAGGAGGACUCCGGGACCGCGGCAGCCCCCUGGCAUGGGGGCACCUGCACAUGGCAUGGUCAGGUGGGCACAGUCACCCCGGGCACACUCACCUGGGCACUCACCAUGAACACGCUGCACACAUGUUGUGCACACUCCCACCCUGGGCACACUCGCUGUGGGCACACUCAUUGUGGGCACACUCACUGUGGGCACACUCGCUGUGGGCACACUCCCACCCUGGGCACACUCGCCUGUGCACACUGACUGCAGUCACAUGCCAUGAACACGCCGGGCACACUCAUGUUCUGUGCACACCAUCCCCGUGCCACACGCUCAGAGCCGCGCACACCGAUCCUGCAGGCCCCCUGCACGCUCACACCUCGCUCACACUCGCCUGGCACGAGCCAAUGGUGCCCACUGCAGGCCGAUGGUGUCCACCCCACGCACGCUCACCCCCCUUGCACACUCACCCUUUGCACACUCACCCUGUGCACACUCACAGCCCCCCCAUCUGCCCCCACUAACUGUGAAACUGAAGCUGUGACUCCCUCCCAUGUCCCCCCAAUGUGACAAUGGACCCUACAUGUGUCCCUCCAUGUCCCCUCCAUGUGACACUGGACUCCCCUACCCCAUCUCCCUGGGACACUCCCCUGGCCCCAUCUCCCCCCAAGGGGACACUGGAAACCGCCCCAAAGGGGAUGUGCUGGGACCACACCGACUCCCCCAACAAUAAAAUCCUUUGGCCUCA